AUGCAAGAACGUGACGCGCGCUACUUGGGACAAUACGGGACUCUUGGCAGGCAGCGACCACAACAUCCUCGCGAUCACAAUCGAGACGCGCCUAAGAAGCCGAAACCCACGGCUCGCAUUACCGAGUGGCCGAAAUUCCGCAAGUUGCGUGAAGAAAGAGCCUCCGACACCAUUACCGACAUCAACGAAUGGAUCACCUCAUUACAAGAGCACGUGCAAGCCACAACCCGCGAGGUGGAGACCACCGCCGACUUGCACACAACCGACUCUCGCCUCCUCCACAUGUGGGACGCACACGCUGGCCUCUUGCGCAGGUGGCGACGGCAGCGUCACAACAAGAAGCUACGCCGCCGCCUCGAGACUCUAGCGCGCGAAAUCGAGAACCACAGCCUCGCCCUCGCGCAACAGCAAUGGGGCCAGCUGUGUGACGGCCUCAAUGGGCAGAUGAGCUCCAAGAGAACGUGGCACCUACUGCGGCAAUUGCUCGAUCCCUGCUCGUCAAAAUUGUCUGCACAAAAACAGCUGCAACGGCUCCUACAUCGCUACCCUGGCACGGACGCCGAGCUGCUCGACGAGCUAGCUCUUCGUUACGUGAGCCUCGCCUCGCCAGACGCGCCGCCGGAGAAAUUGCCCCCGUACAGCGGCAAACCGAACCCCCAACUGGACGAAGAUAUUACGGAGGCGGAAAUCUACGCGGCCAUGCUGAAGCUACGCACAACCUCGGCGCCUGGACCUGACGGCGUAAGCAACAAGUCCCUUCGAAACCUGGACGCCAAAUCGGUGGCUGCGCUCACGCAGUACGCGAACGAGUGCUGGCGCUCGGGCCACAUACCGCAAGAGUGGAGGCACGCGAAGCUCGUAUUUAUCCCCAAGCCAGGCAAGAAGGUGGACAUCACCAACUUGCGCCCCAUAUCGCUCACCUCUUGUCUUGGCAAGCUGAUAGAACACGUUGUCCUAGCCAGAUUACAGACCUACGCUGAAGAAAAUGACCUCUUCCCUCCCACGAUGCUCGGCUUCCGCGCCCACCUAUCUACGCAAGACGCGCUCGUGCAGAUACACCACGACCUCCUUCGGACCCCGCCGAAAGCCGGCACUCGCGCCGUGCUCGGUCUUGAUCUUCACAAGGCCUUCGACUCGGUGCGACACACGGCCAUCGCCUCCAACCUUGCCGCCAUUGACCCGGGCGAGCGGACGUACAACUAUGUAUGCGACUUCCUCUCUAACCGCACCAUCGAAUUUUCGUUGGCCGGCGGCUGCACUUCUAAACGCCUCACACUCGGAGACAGAGGCACCCCUCAAGGAGCAGUUUUGUCUCCAUUCCUAUUUAACCUUGCCAUGCGCACGCUCCCUUCUUCACUCGAUCGGAUCCCGGGUCUCCGUCAUACCAUCUACGCCGACGACGUCACGCUGUGGACGACUACGGGCUCAGACGGACAGAUCGAGGAGACCCUCCAACGUGCGGCCGACGCCGUCGUUAGCCACGCGACGCAGGCGGGCCUCACGUGCUCGGAGAGCAAGUCGGAGCUCUUACUGCUUCGCCCUCCCGACCGCCGUAGGAAUAAGUCUCCUCCCCUACCGGCCAACCACGUCUAUGUCAACGGUGUAGCCGUACCACACGUUGACCACAUCCGCAUUUUAGGCCUAUUCGUUCAAUCGAAUCAACGCAACACCAUCGCGCUAGAACGCCUCACCGUCACCGUUACUCAAACGACCCGCCUCAUCGCUCGCGUGUCGGCUCGAAAGCAAGGAAUGAAAGAAAAAGAGCUGCUCCAGCUUAUCCACGCCUUCGUCAUCUCUCGUCUCACGUACGCGCUGCCCUACCUUCGCCUACUGGGAUCCGAGAGGGACAGAGUCGACCGACUCAUCCGCAAAGUGUACAAGACGGCUCUUGGCCUCGUCCGUACGACUUCUACAUCGAAUGUCCUCAGCCUUGGCAUCCACAACACCGUCGACGAACUCAUCGAAGCACACCGUACAGCACAAAUCCAGCGACUUCGCGGCAGCAAGACCGGCCGCUGGAUACUCGCUCGCAUCGGCCUCACCGCCUCGCCAUCGGGCGCAGACCCGGCCUCAAUACCGCCGCCUUUACGUCGACGUUUUUUCAUCAAGCCACUGCCGAAAAAUAUGCUUGCUGGGCAUCACGACGGUAGACGGCGAGCACGAGCCCAAGCCUUAAACGACGCCUACGCCUCGCGGCCCGAUGCGGCCUACGUGGACGCGGCACGCUACCCCUCUCAACCAAGCGCGUACGCACUCAGCGUAAUGGCUACUCGCACCCCCCUCGACACCAACGCAGUCUUACGAGUAGCCGGCUCCGUCCGUGCCCUCCACCCUGCCGAAGCCGAGGAAGCGGCCAUAGCUCUCGCGGUGACCUCCGGGUUCACCACGAUUCUCAGUGACUCGAAAACCGCGAUCUCCCAUUUCGCUCGCGGUACCGUUGCUCCCGGUACCUUAAGGCUCCUUCAGUCCCUCGCCCACUUCGAAGACGAGGAUCCACCUCCCAUAUCUCUCAUCUGGGUCCCUGCGCACGCGGGAAACCCGGGGAACGAGGCCGCCCACCGACAAGCUCGAGAAUUCGUCAACCGAGUGGUGGGCCGCGCCACGAACCCCGAGGACCUCGGCGAGCCCCUGACCUCCUAUCACGAAAUAGCCCAGCACUAUCGCCUCGGGCGUCGAACGAAACCACCGCCGCAUCCCAAACUCACGAAACCACAAGAGAUCGCGUGGCGUCGCCUCCAAACGAACUCCUUCCCGUGCCCACAGGUGUACACACACAUUUACCCCGAUCUGUUCAGUCCACACUGCUCGCAGUGUGGCUCCGUCGCCUCCCUCUCUCACAUAUUAUGGGACUGCAGCGAGGAUCCACCCCCGCCUGAUCUCCUGACCACUCCCUCGCCCGAGGCGUGGGAAAGUGUACUCCGCAGUACGAGCCUCGAAAUACAGCUCCGGGCCAUACAACGAGCCGAGGAGGUGGCCGCCAGGCACGGCCUGACCGCCAUCCCUCUGUGA